AGAGGACGCAGAGAGUGUGUCCAGACAGCUUCUGGGUCAGAACUUGAAGACACCACAGGGUUCAAGCAAAGUCUUAAUCUCCAGGCGGUGAGGUCAGGGGUGGGGAAGCCCAGGGCUAUGGAUCCCUGGGAACCAACCAGCUUCGUGGCAGCACUGGUUAUAAAGUCCACGCAGCCCGCGGGACUCUGACGCCCCGGAUCCCAGAUGGGGGCGAUGGCUCCGCGCACGCUGUUCCUGCUGCUGGCGGCCGCUCUGGCCCCGACCCAGACCCGCGCGGGCUCACACUCGCUGCGGUAUUUCCACACCGCUGUGUCCCGGCCCGGCCUCGGGGACCCACGGUUCAUCUCUGUCGGCUACGUGGACGACACGCAGUUCGUGCGCUUCGACAGCGACGCGGAGAAUCCGAGGGCCGAGCCGCGCGCGCCGUGGAUGGAACAGGAGGAGCCGGAGUAUUGGGAACUGAACACACAGAGAGCCAAGAGCGCGGAGCAGACUUUCCAAGGGAGUUUGAGGAACCUGCUCGGCUACUACAACCACAGCGAGGCCGACUCUCACACACUCCAGCGGAUGUGUGGCUGUUACAUGGGGUCGAACGGGAGCUUCCUCCGCGGGUACAUGCAGUACGCCUACAAUGGCCGCGAUUACUUCGCCCUGAACGAAGACCUGAAAACGUGGACAGCAGCGGACAUGGCGGCGCAGAUCACCCGACACAAGUGGGAGCAGGCUGGUGUUGCAGAGUAUUACAAGGACUACCUGGAGGGCGAGUGCGUGGAGUGGCUCCACAAACACCUGGAGCGCGGGAAGGAGACGCUGCUGCGCACAGAUCCCCCAAAGACACAUGUGACCCAUCACCCCAGACCUGAAGGUGAUGUCACCCUGAGGUGCUGGGCCCUGGGCUUCUACCCUGCUGACAUCACCCUGACCUGGCAGUUGAAUGGGGAGGGGCUGACCCAGGACAUGGAGCUUGUGGAGACCAGGCCUUCAGGAGAUGGAACCUUCCAGAAGUGGGCAUCUGUGGUGGUGCCUCUUGGGGAGGAGCAGAAUUACACAUGUCAUGUGCACCACGAGGGGCUGUCUGAGCCCCUCACCCUGAAAUGGGAGCCUCCUCCAUCCACUGACUCCAAUAUGGUGAUCAUUGCUGUUCUGGUUGUCCUUGGAGCUGUGGCCAUCAUCGGAGCUGUGGUGGCUUUUGUGAUGAAGAGGAGGAAAAACACAGGUGGAAAAAGAGGGGACUAUGCUCCAGCUUCAGGCAGGGACGGCUCCCAGAGCUCUGAUAUGUCUCUCCCAGAUUAUAAAGCAUGAAGACAGCUGCCUGGAGUGGACUGAGUGACAGCCAGUGUGUUCAGGUCUCUCCUGUGACACCCAGAGCCCUCAGUUCUCUUUAGACAACAGUGUCUGAUGUUGCCUGUGAGCCUCGGGGCUCAAUGUGAAGAACUGUGGAGCCCAGCCUGCCCUGCACACAGGACCCUGUCCCUGCGCUGCCCUGUGUUCCCUUCCACAGCCAACCUUCCUGGUCCAACCACACACUGGGGGACAUCUGCAUCCUGUCAGCUCCAUGCUGCCCUGAGCUGCAGCUCCUCACUUCCACACUGAGAAUGAGAAUCUGGAUGUGAACUUGAUUGUUCACAUCUUCACCCUGAGGGCUUUGAUUGCUUCUUAAUUUCAUGGAUUGAGAAUUCAUAAAAUUUUUUUAAAGAAAUAAAUGACAUAUGCAGAACCUUCCAGAA